UGUUCCAGAUUUAUGAAUUUUCAGUACAGUGCACCACCAUGAUCCUGUCAGCCACCACAGACCCACGGGGCAAUAGUGCGAAUAGCCAUGCGGCCUUCCAUGCAUGAAUAUGACACUUAAACCGAAUUUUGACGUUUAGAAAGCAAAAAUAGGGGAAGUUUUAUUGAGAAACAGUCAGUACAGCACAUCCAGCCUCAGGGACGGUUUGUUUGUUUACAUUGUCGGCGAGGCGACGUGUUGGGGCUUGGGGCGGCGCCUUGGAACGGAACGCGGCCUUCCAAGCCCUAAAGUGUACGCAAACCUUCCUGCAGAAUUCGGGGCAGCAACUCGACAGGACCUAAUCCCCAUCCUGCUGACAGAACGACAAACUUAAAGCACCUGAUAUUAUCUACCACUGACGGGGCUCUGGAGGCCGUGGUCCCACAGCCUGACUAGCCCCAUAAAACACUCAAGAAGAAGAAUUGGACACACACGCCUCAAUGCCCACCUGCACAGACUGAACAUAGUCCAGGACCCACACUGCCCAUGGUGCCCCACCCGGCCUGACGCACCGGAACACCUCCUACUCCAUUGCCCAAGAUUCCACUCUCCGCACCAACCUCAAGGCAUCCCUAACCAAACUCCAUAUUCACUGGCCAACCCUAGAGGACCUGCUGGGCAGCAACACCCACAGCCCUAACACGGCCUUCCAAGCCCUCAAGUGUACGCAAACCUUCCUGCAGAAGUCGGGGCAACUUGACAAGAUCUAAGGGCUGUAUUUUAAGACACCAUCGCUUCUGGCAUCAACUAUUUCUAAAGGUCAAAGAGGGGAUCAAUUGGGUUUUCAUGAGUGUUUUUUAAGGUUCAUGGCAAAGAGGAAGGGUCAAACUACCACCAAGGUCAUAAAACUACCCCUGGUAAGGCCUACUGCUCCUACAAAAGCCAUGUCAAAUAUGUGAACUUGUGCGACAAAAUGUUUUAAAACACGACCCUAAUUCCCAUCCUGGUGACAGAACAACAAACUUAAAACACCUGAUAGCAUCUACCACUGACGGGGCUCUGGAGGCCGUGGUCCUACAGCCUAACUAGCCCCAUAAAACACUCCAAGAAGAAGAAGAAGGCUCGUCGGGGCGGCAGUCAACUGAACCAGGAAACACAAGGGAAGGGGAGCACCAACAACAGACUAACAGCCGCAACAGAGUGUGUCCAGGGGAAGUGUGUCUAGCGGCAUGGAGGACAUUGAGGACCUGGUGGGCCUGGACGUGGACGUUCCGCGGCACCGCAACUCUGUCAUGCCGCGGGUCAGACGCAGGAAGAGGCCACCCGCCGCCGCCAUGGAGGAGGAUGAGGAGGCAAGGUGCAAUGAUACGUGUGACAGCAUUGUGCCGGGAACUCAGCGCAUCUACCUCAAGACCUGGGGAUGUGCACACAACAGCUCUGAUGGCGAGUACAUGGCAGGACAGCUGUCGGCGUAUGGCUACAAAAUUGUGGAGGACAAGUUGGCAGCUGACGUGUGGCUUCUGAACAGCUGCACCGUCAAGAACCCUGCAGAGGACCACUUCCGCAAUGAGAUCAAGGCUGGCAGGGAGGCAGGCAAGAAGGUGGUGGUGGCUGGCUGUGUGCCUCAAGGGGCACCACGCUCUGAGUUCCUGGACGGCCUGAGCAUCAUUGGGGUACAGCAGAUCGACCGAGUGGUGGAGGUGGUGGAAGAGACACUCAAAGGCAACUCCGUGAGACUCUUAGGCCAGAAGAAGGAAGGAGGAAAGAAGACAGGCGGUGCGUCGCUACUCCUGCCCAAAGUGAGAAGGAACCCCCUCAUUGAGAUCAUCUCCAUCAACACCGGCUGCCUCAACCAGUGCUCCUACUGCAAGACCAAGCACGCCCGCGGGGAACUGGGCUCUUAUCCUAUAGAGGAGAUUGUGGAGCGAGCCAGACAGUCAUUCAGCGAGGGCGUGUGUGAAGUGUGGCUGACGUCCGAAGACACCGGGGCGUACGGGCGGGACAUCGGCGUCACGCUUCCCGAGCUGCUGUGGCAGUUGGUGGAGGUUAUACCCGAGGGCUGCCGACUGAGACUGGGCAUGACCAAUCCGCCGUACAUCCUCGACCACCUACAGGACAUGGCAGAGAUUAUGAAGCACCCUCGAGUCUACGCCUUCCUUCACGUGCCAGUCCAGUCCGGCAGCGAUGGGGUGCUGGGUGAGAUGAGGCGCGAGUACACGGUGAAAGACUUCAGCACUGUCGUGGACUUCCUGAAGGAGAGGGUGCCGGGCAUAACCAUCGCCACGGACAUCAUCUGCGGCUUCCCCACCGAGACCGAGGAGGACUUUGAGGGGACGCUGGACCUCUGCCGCAAGUACAAGUUCCCGUCCCUGUUCAUCAACCAGUUCUACCCGCGGCCCGGCACCCCAGCGGCCAGGAUGCAGAGAAUACCCACCAAGGAGGUUAAAAAUCGAACGCGGCGCCUGACCGACCUCUUCCAGUCCUACCGUCCCUAUGACCACAAGCUCGGGGAGAGGCAGACUGUACUGGUGACAGAGGAAUCGCAUGACAAGCAGCACUGGGUGGGCCACAACAAGUACUACGAGCAGGUGUUGGUGCCGCAGAAGGACGACUACCUCGGGAAGCUCGUUGAAGUGGAGAUCAUCGAGACCGGGAAACACUACAUGCGAGGCCGCCCCAUAGACACCAGCCGGCCCAUGCCCCCGUCCAUCGCCGAGCCCCUGGCCAGAGGUGCUGUCUCAGGCCUGGCGGGGGUGGGGGCGGGGAGAGAGGAGAUUCACCACGCCAAGCAGGAUCUAAUGAAGCAGGAGCGUUACAUCAUCCUAAGCUUCGUCCUGCUCAUCUCGGCCCUCCUGGUGAAGCUUCUCUGGGUGUGCUUCAAGAUGCUCAAGGACCUCUGAGGGUUGUGGAGGCUGAUAAAGUGACCAGUUGACAGGUUUUGUGCCUUUGUCUGAUGUUGAGUGAAUAUACUGCCUGUCACGGAGGU